UCUGGCGAGGCGAACCGUAGAAGAAGAAUUCGAACGCGUCAUUGUUUUGGUUUGUUUCCUCUGCAGAAAAGUGGAGCCAUAAACACUAACAACCGAGAACAAACACUAACAAAUCUUUUAAAUUCUGAACACAACGAGAUCGUCACCAUGACAACAAAACGUGGACUGAUAACCGAUUCAUUUAAAGUGAUGAAGAAGUCAAGGAGAGGGGGAAAGCGAAAGAAGAGUCCCACGCCUCCUCCAGCACAGCAAGAAGAUGUCACUACACCUGCCAGAGAGGAGGAGAUGCAGCAGCUCAAACAGUUUGACCUGGACUGGAGAUUUGGGCCCUGCACAGGCAUCAGCAGGAUACAGAGGUGGGAGAGAGCGAAGCUUCAUGGCCUGAACCCACCUGAGGAAAUCAAAGAUCUGCUGCUGCAAACACACGAUGAUCCCGAGUACUCCAUGAGCCUCUGGAGAGAAUAUCCUUUCUGAGGAAAACAUCAUGAAGAGGACAAAGAUCCAGACUUUUGUGAAAGUCAGGGAUGUUUUUAUUUUGUUGUUUUUAUGGCCAUGUUUGCUAUUUCUCUCAUUCUGCUUGUUUUUUUUAAAAUAAAAGAUUACCAUGUAUCUUUUUUUUUUCUACAUUACAAGAUCGAUACCAUAGUGGAAGUUUCCACUGUUUAAAAAAACUGUUUUUCCUUUGGUGUCAUCACACUGGCACACAUUUCCUUUUAUACAGUGAUUUAAAAACAAAGUAACAUUUUUCUUUUACAUUCCUGUAAGUUAAGAGAAGCAGGGCCAGCAUGUUUUUUUUAAUCUGCGCUAUAUUUUUUUUAAUAAAAAAAAUAUUUUAGUCUGUUGAAUACUGGGAUAAAGAAAUUGAUGUAACUGGUUAAAAAUAAAUAAACGUCUCAUUUAAAUAACUUACUUAAUGUUAUUAGGGGAAGUUUUGAUUGCGAGGAAUAAUUUUGCUGCAGAUGCUACAGCUUAAAAUAUAAAUAAAACCAAUUGUGUGUCAA